UCGGCACUCCGGCUGUGUUGUCCGGUCCGGUCCUCCUCGUCCCUCAGUUAAGCUUGUUCGGUCGAGCUACUUGGGUGAUUUCGUGUCCGUUCAAACCGCGAUGCUUCGGAAGUGACAUUUUCAGUGUUAAGUGAACGCAAAUCCUUCCAAAAUGUUGGCCGACGGAGAAAUAGUGGGCGAUGGAUCAUGGAACCUCAUGGUUUACGUGACCGAUUUGAACGAGAAGCGCACCUUGGUUGUAAAAGGUGACAUGCACAUCGGAGGAGUGAUGCUGAAAUUGACAGAACUCUUCGAGUUCAAAAAGGACUGGUCUGACCAUGCCCUCUGGUGGCCGACGCGCAACAAAUGGCUCUCCAAGCCCCCAACCCUCGACCAGUGCGGCGUCCACGCCGACGCGAUGCUCCACUUCACACCCAUGCACAAACCGCUGAGGAUCCAACUGCCAGACCUGAGAUAUAUCGACUGCAAGAUAGACUUCUCUAUUGAUACCUUCAGCGCUGUGGUCCAGCUAUGCAAGAGCCUUGGUAUCCGGCAUCCAGAAGAACUAUCCCUCUGCUAUCCACUGGAGCAGUCCCACCUCAAACAGAACUACCAGAACCUGAAAGAGGCGAAGCGGCUCCGGCCAUCAGCGCCACCAGACACGAACACAUUCAUCGCCGCUACGAGAGGAUCUUCGAACAGUUUGGACAGGUCUAAUGGGUGCCCUGCCACGCCACCACCGCCGAGGUCACAAUCUGCCACGCCAGUUGCAUCGAACGGCACCCUCAGACGCUACGGCACCCACAUCUACAGCACACAGAGCGACGGUUCCAGCGACGGUGGUUACUGCGGGACGCCCCCACGUGCCGCCUCGCUCGACGCCAUCGAUGCCCUCGCUGACCUCUCAUUGGCUGACUCGCCGUUAGAGCCAGAUAGUCAGUCCAGGGAAUCUCUGCUCACGCCUAAAACACUCGUGGAAAGGGCUAGGAUGAACGUUGGCUGGCUGGACUCCUCACUAUCCAUCAUGGAGCAAUGUAUACGAGAAUGGGACACACUACAGCUCCGCUUCAAGUUCUACUCAUACUUCGACCUGACCGCUCGUCCGCAAGACGCGCCGCGCCUUAACCAGCUGUACCAACAAGCUCGCUGGCAGAUACUGAACCAGGAAGUGCAUUGUACUGAAGAGGAAAUGCUGCUGUUCGCAGCCUUACAGCUUCAAAUCGAGCUGCAGACGCUUGCCGGCGGCAGUGUAGACGCCGCCGAUGGCCACACAUCAAACGCCGCUCCCGACGACAUCGACGCUGCCCUCAACGAGCUGGAGACACAGCUGGAAGGAGGCCCGCCCGUCAGACCUGACAUUAUGCAGGUCCCUGAGCUAGCUGGACAUCUUAAAUACAUGAGGCCCAAACGCUUCACGCUAAAAGCGUACAAGCGAGGCUGGGUGUCGUGCCGCGACGGCGUGCUGCGCAUACACUCGUCCCGCGACGCAGCCGCGCGCGGCGACGCGCCCAGCUACAGCGGCGAGCUGCGCGGAGCUGAGGUGACACCAGAUGCGCAUCCCGCGUCCAAUCGGUACAGCAUCAAACUGGAGGUGCCUUCCGAAGACGCCAUGAACGAGAUCUGGCUGCGGUGCGAAAAUGAGGAGCAGUACGCGGAGUGGGUGGCGGCGUGCCGGCUGGGCGCGCGCGGGCGCUCGCUGGCCGACGCGGGCUUCGCGGCCGAGGCCGGCAACGUGCGCGCGCUGCUGCGUCUGCAGACACCGCAGCCCGCUGCUGUGGCGCAACACAAUGUUCCACAUCUGGAACAGCUGCAGCCGGAGAACUAUGUGGCGCCUAGGGUGCUGAAACGGCUUAAAGGAAAGUUCACUCAACGCGUCCUGGAAAGCCACGCAAACGUGAAAGACCUGCCACUGCUCGAAGCCAAGCUCCAAUACAUCAAGACCUGGCAAAACCUGCCCGACUACGGCCAGACGCUGUUCGUGGUUCGAUUCAUGGGUCACAGGAAAGACGAAGUCAUCAGCAUCGCCAACAAUCGCAUCAUGAGGCUGGACCCUAGCACUGGGGAUCAUCUCAAGACUUGGCGGUAUAGCACUAUGAAGGCAUGGAACGUGAACUGGGAGAUCAAACACAUGAUGGUCCAGUUCGAAGAAGGCAACAUCAUCUUCUCGGUACAGUCAGCCGACUGCAAGGUGGUCCACGAGUUCAUUGGCGGGUACAUAUUCCUCUCUAUGCGGUCCAAGGAUGCCAACCAGACCUUAGACGAGGAGCAGUUCCAUAAACUCACUGGAGGUUGGACGUAAAUAUGUGUCUAUACAGCCCUAUGGGCGUCCCUAUGGAGGUUCUCAAGUCUGGAAACAAAUUAUCGGACGCGGCUCAGGAGCUCACACCUUGAUUCUAUCGCCGCGCUACAAGUACUUCCGGCGGUCGCGAGUUCGCGGCCCAUUCAGUGGUGACGACCUUCGCGCGGCGCAAUAGAAUUCAAUGUCGGCUGCUCGCGUGCGAUCCGUUUGUUAAUGUAGGUAAGAAUUUAGAAUGGCGGCAUUUUGUGAACAUCAAAGGAGUGAGCCUACUGUACUUGUGCUAUUAUAUAUAUUCUGUGCCGAUAUCUAGAUAAUGAAUAUAGAUUGAUUGUACAAACUAACGGACGUAAGCCGUGGACGUAACCUUGAGCGUUCGGACGUCCAACAGAAAUCUGGCGCGCUGGAUGUUUUUGUCAGCCGCAAGCAGUCCCGAAAACUGUGCAUACUUAUCAGUCGCGACCGUCAGCCGCGUCCGAUAAUUUGUUUCCAGCUGAGAAAGUCCCUGUCGCUUACCAUACACAUACUACACAGACUUCGCAGAUAUGUUUCGAACCAUUUCCGAGGCCCCAGUACGGCUCAUUCGACGAGUGAAGGCGGUCUUGAAAAAGAUCCUCGGAAAUGGACCGAAACAUGUCGAGCGUUUUUUCAACUUAAUUAAAACACGAGUAACCCACUUAAAAUAUUUUUAUUUGAGUCUCACGGAAGUUUUAUAAUUAAAGCAAGUUAUGGGUUUGAACUUGCUUAAGCGACAUAGUACUAUUUGCUUGAGAACGGUAAAAAUAAUGUAUGUGUUAUAUUUUAUGUAACAGCAAUACGAAAUCGUCAACCUUUCGCGAUUUUAUUCAAUUUCACUGCAAGUGUGAAAAGUAUUACGUUACAUGGCCUUAUAAUUUUAAGAAUUGGAAUUGGUGCUCUUUUUCGGCAAAUAUAUGCCGAUGUUAUAUUACAAAAUGAUACACAUGAUAAUAAUAUAAAAAAUAUGUACAUUGCACCGAUAUUUAUAAUUGAAAAUUUCGCUUUUUUUUUUAGUAUUUUGACAUACACGAUUAUAUUUCUUAUUUAUGUUAAUUAUAUAUUAAAAAUGUGUAUAAGAAUGUAUUUUUGUAGUAAAUGAACUAAUUGAAUCGUAAUAGAUCUUAUUUUAGUGCUUCCAAUAAAAAUAUAGCUUUCUUGUAAAUGCCAAAUAAUAUUGAAGCAUGUAUUGAUUACACCGUGUAAUUAAAUUGUAGUUUUAAGUUCAAAUGCGAUGGAUAAGAGCUUUUAAUAGAUGUAAUUUAUAAUUUAUGCAAAUUACUAUAAUGCCUUUAUAUUGUCUUGUCUGUAUACAAUAAUGUCAAUAAUUAAUAUUUAUAAUAUAACAAAUAUGAAAUAAUGUCUUUCACAAAGUGCCAUUUAACGAAAUAGUAAAAUGUAAUAAUUGUCUGAAUGUUGGCCAAACUAAUUAUUAUAAUUAGUCAAACAGUGCCUCAGUAACAUAUAUGUAACUUUACAUAUUUGACUGUUCUUUCCCCUGUAUCUCAUAUUUGAGACAAAACCAGAUAAUACAAUAUAUUAAUAUAUUUUAAAGCACGAAGGUUUAUAUUGCAAUGACUUCGGCGGUCAAAGGAUUAAACCGUACCUAAAUUGAUAAAAUAACUGGCUUAUUAAUAGUUAUUUACGAUACAAGUGCGAAUUACCUGAUCGCAAGUGUAUCCUAAACCGUUUUACAGUACAUGCGGGCUCUUUAAAUUUUCUGCGUAAUGUGCUUAUUAUUUCAAUUAUGUCGUAAAGUAGCAAAUCUGGAAAUAAUCUAUAGGUGCUUUAUUAUCACUAUUAUCAGUGUAAUAUUAAUCAGAACUGGUACUAAUGGGGCCUUACCUUUUCGAAAUUGUAUUGUAUGUUUGUACUGUACCUCUUGUAAAUACCGAUAACAUAAACACCAUUCGUUUUGGUAUGUAUGUUAGAUUUUAAAUAGAUGUUGUGUUGUGGCUAGCUCUACUAAAGUAUUUUGAUCCUUUUUACUUCUAGACAUAAUGUGAAAUUAACAUAACAAUUUAAAUUAUGUUUGUAAACAAAGUGACUCAUUUCUCGGAAAAUGUUUGCGUAUAGAUGGCGCCACUUUUGGUCGACAGCGGGUAAGAUGGCGCUAAUAUUAAAUUUUAAGAAUUUCAACACAAACAACACAUCAAGCGCGACUUCAAGUAUGGACUCUCACAAAGCAAGUUGUGCUAAAGGGACAGGUUAGGAAUAUGGGUAAGUUUGUCAAAACUGAGGUUCUAAAUGUUUAACAGUGUGUCGACUACAAAAUUUUGGCAAACACCCUCUGACAUUUUUUUGCUUAUAAAUUAUAGUAUAUUUAGGUGUACUUUAGUGGAACUAGCCAGUAUUUUUGUUUGUUGACUAAUUAAUUGAUGGAAGUCUCCAACCCGCAUUACAUCUGCGGCUAUAUUGAAAGAAUGCACUUUGGAUGAUCUUUUAAAGCAUAUAAUGCUUUUUAUUUUGUAUGUUUAUGUGAAAUAACGAUUAGUUAUUCUAGAAUAUUUUGUACAAAAGUUGUAUGUACACUUUACUAAAUACCGUUUAUAUUAUUAAUAAAACAUUAAAUAAAUUUAAGAAAUUAAGUAACAAA